AGGAAGGAAGAAGGAGCAAAGUGAGAGUAGGGUUUUCUCUCUCAUCUCAUUUUGGGGGGUUUCCGAUUUCUAGGGUUUCCGAGAUUUUUCUUUCAAAUCUUUAAGACAAAAAAAUAUGGCUGACGGCGUUAGGAAAUCGGGAACCGUCAAGUGGUUCAAUGAUGCCAAGGGUUUCGGGUUCAUUUCCCCUGAGGACGGUGGCGAAGAUCUCUUUGUACAUCAGUCAUCGAUUAGGGCCGAUGGAUUCCGUAGCCUCGGAGACGGCGAAACUGUUGAGUAUGUCGUCGAGAAUGGAUCAGAUGGACGGACCAAAGCUGCUGACGUAACUGGUCCUGAAGAGGCGCCUGUGCAGGGAAGCACACGUGGGGGCGGCGGCGGCGGAGGCCGUGGAGGCGGUGGUGAUCGUUAUGGAGGUGGAGGAUAUAAUGGUGGUAGCCGCGGAGGCCGUGGUGGUGGAUAUGGAGGAGGUGACGGUGGUUACGGUGGAGGUUAUGGAGGUGGCGGAGGUAACGCUUGUUUCAAGUGUGGAGAGACAGGGCAUAUGGCAAGGGAAUGCUCUCAGAGCGGUGGAGGCGGUGGCGGAAGAUAUGGCGGUGGCGGAGGUGGAGGUUAUGGCGGUGGCGGAGGUGGAGGUUAUGGCGGUGGUCGUGGUGGCGGUGGUGGUGGUGGUGGUGGGUGCUAUAACUGUGGUGAAGAUGGGCAUUUUGCUCGUGAAUGCCCUAAUGCCAACAACCGUUGAUCUGAUGCAGGAGGAUAAAUGGUAAAUGUGCCUUCCCACAUUUACUUUUACCUCUGUAUUCUAUUUACCUUUUUUGCUGUCUGUGUUGAAGAAUCAAAUGCUUGUUUUUGAUUAGACCUUUUUAGUUGGGUUUGUGCUUACUUAUUGUUCAUGACGAACACCUCUAAAUCUAGGGUUUCGGAUAUGGUGCCUUUUCCUUUUUAAAUAUAUAAAUAUAAAUAUUUAGAAAAAAUGUUGGGUUUUUUUUUUUUAAAUGGGAAUCCAAAGAUGGUUGAAUGGAAUGCAUACAUGUAUGAAUUUGUUUUGCCUUUGCCUUUGUAAAUGGAGUUAUUUCUUUCUUUAGCAUGAGGUGAGGUGAUGGGUACCCUUCAUUUGCAAUGGUUGGCAAUGGCAAUGGCAAUGGCAUGGGAGUUAAGUAUAUAAUAAUAUAAAAUGUGAUGAGUUGUGUGUUGAUGUGGUAUGG